UAAGCGGCCUCACGCCUUUAUUUCGCCUCUCUCUCCUCUCGCCUCUGUUUCUUUUUUCUUUUCCUUCUUUUUUUUUUGUUCAUUCCAUUGCACUCGCCCAUCACCGUUUUCAAGUCUUUCUAGCCCGCUGUCUCCUUCGACCCUCUCACCCGCGUUCGCCGUCAUCGUCCUGGGAAACUAAUCUCACGGUCAUCUCUCAUCUCCGUAACCUCGCUCCACGCCCUUUUUUUUAUAAAAACAUAUUACUCAACAUAAAUACAUUCAUAUCCUUCUGACUGCCCUGCACUGGAGCUAUAUACAUUUAUUCAUUAUUCAGCAAUAGCACAGCUUUUUUAUAUACAAAUAUUCUUAAUCCAUUCCUGACUCGCACCACUACAUUUAUAAUACAUACCUCGCCUUCUCCCACGCAUUCAUUCUCUUUAUUUGUUUGUUUGUUUACGGCAAUACAAAAGCAACAAUGGCACCGAACUUGCCCCUGACAGAGACAGAGAAACUCCUGAUCGACGCCUACAACACGAUCCUCAACAAACCCUUCGAGGACAAGUACGAGGAGCGGUGGGAGGACGAGCCCUUCGACCGGGCCAUCGAUCAGUUCAAGACGCGGGCUCAGGAAAUCGGCUUUACAGACCCAUUCGAACUGUUGUCGAGGUUCAAAGUCGAAUCGUAUGAGGCAAUCCGCGCACAACUCAAGAAAGGGCCUGCACCAUGUUUCCGCGAGGGUUGGAAGAGCCCCAUCCUCGGAACAAGAAUCGACCCAUUAGUCAUCACCUCCAAAUGUGAACACAUCACCGGUCCUCGCUUCAAGGGUGAGGAAAGGGUCGUCGUGCUCGACUUUUGGGCUUCAUGGUGUGGCCCAUGUCUCCAAGCAGGGCCAGAGGUGUCAGAGCUGGCAGAGGAAUUCUCGGGGCGAGUGGCCUUUAUUGGAAUCAAUAAUGAGAGCAUUUUCAGUACCACCAAACCACCCAACAUGGAGUUCCUUACCGCCUUCAUGGACGAACAUCAGGAAGAGUUCCGCUACACCCUCAUGGUCGAUAAUGCCGAGGGUUUUGCAAAGGAUUCGGUCUACAAACCAAGCGGGUACAGAGCCAUCCCUUGCGCAGUUUUGCUCGUCGAUGGGAUCGUUGUUUACGUUGGAUCACCUUUGAAAACCUUCCGCUCAGUCCUGGAGGAAGCACUAGAAUCCGUCUCCUCCUCAUCCUCGCCCACCUCUUCCGCUCAUUCUUCACGGGAGGGGUAAUACAGGAUAUCAUAUUAUCUAGCACCAGUAUUCAACAUCGUGAUGAAAGGGUCAUAAAGCAUAAUAUGUGGAAUGCCAUUCGAUUUAUAGCGAUCUCAGUCAUCCUUUCCGUAGCCAGGCUUCCUGGUUAUUGUGUCAUGUAUAAACCUUAGAUUUGUGUAUAUGAACUUCCCCAGAGCGAAAGAGAGCAGUGGAGAAUGGCGCAACUCCGCAUCAUGUCUCUCCCAUCUCUCGUGCAAACCAACGGACUGUUGUCUCCGGUGGGAACAUUGGGCGCACCUAAUUGGCCAAUGCAUCUUGCCGAGAGCGCGUAUCCUCAAAACAUUGUAAAAGGCACAUGCACAAAUAAAUAAAUACAAAAACAUCC